AUGCGUCGACUACAUCCACCUCUACGUCAGUCGUCCCUGUUCCGACCGUCCAGCUUUAGCAGAAGUCCGUUUUCGCGACGACAAUGGCUGUCAUCGACUGCCUCGCGACACUGUUCGUGCUCCGACCCGUCGUCUGAACAACCUGCCUCCCACGACUAUCGAGUAUUGGGCACGGCACAAGACCUCUUUACCACCUCCCUGUACAGCCCCGGAUCCCCUCUAUUCCUCCCCAAUGGUGCCCAUGUCAUCAACAAGCUCAUCUCGUUCCUACGUACACAAUACCUCCAAUACGGAUUCCGUGAAGUCCUGACCCCAACCAUCUACAAGCGUUCCCUGUGGGAGGUCUCGGGCCACUGGCAGAACUACAAAGAUGACAUGUACGAGGUCCGCGGGCGUGGAGCGACCGGCGAAUCUGACGGAGAAACCGGCGAGAACGAAUCGUACGGACUGAAACCUAUGAAUUGUCCCGGCCACUGUCUCCUAUUUAAGUCGCAAAAUCAUUCCUAUCGAGAACUCCCCAUCCGAUACGCCGAUUUCAGCCCCCUCCAUCGAAACGAGGUCUCAGGUUCUCUGAGCGGGUUGACCCGUGUGCGUCGAUUCCACCAGGACGACGGGCACAUCUUCUGCCGACCGCAGCAGAUCAAAGGAGAGAUCGCGUCGGCGCUGGGGUUUGUAGACCUGGUGAUGACAACCUUUGGACUGGGUCCGUAUCGUCUAGCCCUCUCUACGAGACCGGAGAAGGAUUUCAUCGGGAGCUUGGACCUGUGGAAUAGCGCCGAGGCUCAACUGCGCGAGGCGUUGGAGAACAGCGGGAGAGAGUGGGCCAUGAACGAGGGUGACGGAGCAUUCUACGGCCCCAAGAUCGAUAUCCAGCUGCAGGACCAGACAGGCAAAUACCAUCAGCUGUCGACAAUUCAGCUGGAUAUGAAUCUGCCCCAGAGGUUUGGACUAGAGUAUCAAGUGGCCGAGGGAGAAGAGGACUAUAACCCGGCGACUCCAGGACGGGCGACGCCUGUGCUAAUCCACCGGGCGAAUUUUGGCUCCUUGGAACGGUUCCUCGCGCUGCUGAUCGAACAGUAUGCCGGGCGAUGGCCGUUCUGGCUAUCGCCGCGUCAAGGCAUUAUCCUCACCGUCAACCAGGAUGAAUCGGUCGUGCGGCUGGCGCACGACGCGGCGGCGAAGAUCUCGGGGUUUCGUGUGCUGCAGUAUGAUCAGAAUAGGGAUGCGCCGCCGCAGCCGUUGUCCGCCGUCGACUCGACGUUCCUGAUCGAUGUGGACGCGGGCAGUCAGACGCUAGGGAAGAAGAUCCAGCGCGCUAAGCAGAUGAAAUAUAACUUCAUUUUCAUCCUGGGUCCAAAAGAUGUUGCUGAAUCUCGCAUCACGAUGGACUUAACCGGCCAGAUGCAGAGCAGCCCGGCUGGGAGUACCCAGAACCUGCACGAUGUGAUUACCCGCCGAUUAGGAGAGCAGGCGCUACAGAAACCCAGGGCGAUUCCAUUAAAGGUCGAUGCCGUGCAUGAUCUUCUGGUUGAAUUGGAGAAGCGGUUUGUAUGA